UCCGCGAGUCCCUCCCUCCUAUUUCCUAUCAGUCGGGAAGGACCACCACAGAAACAGAUCCUUUCAACAACAACCAUGAAACUCUUCAACAUCGAAUUCCUCACACUCAUGUGCAUUUGUUUCACACUAACAUGUGGUUUAAAUGGCUCCUUCAACAUUAAGUACAGCUAUUUUGAUGACUACCUGAGCAGCCUGGAUGAGGAACAACAGGCCAAAACAGCGGUUGAAACACAAGAUUUGGAAGGAAGUGGAGCCGAGCCCGAUUCACAGCAAAUUAUGCAAAAAUUUAAUCUGCCUCUUCGAACAGGUCUCACCAGAAGCAAAGAUGUCACGUGUUGCUCUUUAGGGCACUUAGCUGGUGACAAAGGCUAUCACUGCGUUGCUAAAUUUUACGUAGCGCGCAUUUUGCUGAGGAACCAGAACAGAGCACAUAACAGAAAAAUGGGAUUUCAUGGUCGAUACAGUGUCCCGAAUUAUGGAACCAAACUGAUGAGGACAUUUGAACAGUGCGUGGCUACUAGGGGAAUGGUGUUCCACAAAUGCUGCAAUCAUGCAGCCAUGGAAAAACGAGUAAAACCUCACUUCGACAGUCUACAAAGGAAGCGAUACGAAAUGAAGAUGAAAAGGAUACGAAUUCCUCAGCACAUUCAAGUAGAUGGAAACCUCAUUGGUAUUUAGAACGACAUCUACAAUUUAGAUUGUUGGUGAUCCUUUCCAUAAUAGAACAAUCAACAAUUUAGAUUAUGAACUGUGAUGUGAUCAGUUCAUAAUUUCAUUUAGGUUGCUGAUAAUCCUGUUAUGGAUAUAAUUUUUGCAUUUAAAAAUAUUUGCAUGAAACGGCCAGACUCCCACUUCAUAAGAAACAUACGUGUUCAUCAAUCUUUGUAAAUAUACGGUUUUAAUUUUAUUCUUCAGUCGAAACAUGCCUGUACAAAUAGAAAAAAUAAACCAUUGUAAAGAA